UUGACAGUGUUGAAUACGAUCGGAUUAAUGUACAGUUUGAAUAUUGUCGUUUAUUCUACUAUUCACUUGGCGUCUAUUUUUCUAAUUCGAAUUAUUGUAUCUAUUAUACCGAUCUGAUCUCGCCACAUGAACACAAUCUAGACAAUGAUUUUAACCGAGCACAAGACAAAGAUCCUGGAGAUGACGGGCGAUCAUGUGGACGAGCUGUAUGCGAUGUGGAUGCGCAUGUUCGAGCCAAAAACCUGCGAGGAUUGUCUCAUUCGUCUAAAUGAGCAUGCACAUAACUUCUACAUGGAUCUCAUUCAGGAGUCUCGCGAGAAGGAGGAGUGUUUUAUCCGCGAUAUUUCUAGUUUACAUGCGGAAGCAACUAAUCUGUCGCGGCUGCUACACAAGUCGGUGGACAUAGGCGAACGGCCCGAGGAUAUGCCCCUGGUCGUGUGGCAGCUGAAGAUGGACAAUAGCAUUGUUCACCUGCGCGAGGAGCUUGCUAGCCGGAGGUCAGAGAUUAGUGAGCUCCUUCUCCAGCAGGGGCGUCUUUGCCAACAGCUUGGCGAACUUCCAAUGCCAUUACUAAUGGAUCCCCUACCCCUGCCGGAGCAGAUGGACACCUUCCGGGAUCACCUGCAAAAGUUACGCGAUAAGCGAGAACGAUACCUGAAUGAAAUGGACGAAAUGCGCCAGGACAUCAAUAAAAACAUGAAACUACUCGAACUGUUUGCCCAAACCGACAAUGUAAAGCGACUGCUUAGUCCGGAAAGCCGUUUGCUCAGUCCUAAAUCUUAUGAAAUGCUGCGCCUAAUGCAGGUUGAGUAUGCCGAGCAGGUGAGGGAGCUUUGCCAGAAGAUCGACACGAUGCGCGAAAGGAUUGAGCUCAUAUGGCAGCGACUUAAGGUAACUGACGAGUUUGCUAUGCGUCGGGUUCGGGAAGCCACUUCAUAUAACCAGCGCACGUUCGACAUCCUGCGAGAGGAGUUGGAGCGCUGCGAGGAAAUGCGUAUCCAGAACCUUCCGUCUUUCAUCGAGCAGCUACGCAUCGAUAUCAAAGUGUGGUGGGAUCUCACACUUAAAAGCCCACAGGAGCGCAGGCGCUUCACCAGCUAUUACUGUGGGGAUCAGACCGAAGAUGUUUUAGAGGCACACGAAAUUCAUUUGGAGCAUCUUAAGGCCUUCUAUAAUAAGAAUAGAAAAAUCUUUGAACUAUAUGCCAAUCGUGCUGAGCUAUGGGCGCGCAUGGAGGCAUUGGAGGCAAAGGCCAACGAUCCGAAUAGGUUCAACAAUCGCGGUGGACAACUCCUCAAGGAGGAGAAGGAGCGCAAGGCUAUAACAGCCCGGCUGCCUAAGAUCGAUAACCAAAUCACAGAGGUUGUCAAGGCCUACAUGAGUCAGACGGAUUCGCCCUUCCUGGUGAACGGAGAGGAUAUACUGGAGAUCAUGUCGGCGGACUGGGAGCGCCGCCGCCUGUCUAAGAAACAACCCUCCGCCCAAAAAAAGGAUACUAAUAAUACGAACAUCAAAAUGAAACCGCCCCCUGCGCCUCUUACGCCAAGUACCCAGAAAGGUAACAGGGGUAUAAACGGUUCAUCGUUAAAGAAGACUCCGUCCAAAUCGAACCCGGCCAUCACCGCAAAGAGCACUGGAAAUCUACAGAAAAGGCGACAUCCCAACCACAGCGGGAACAGUCCACAGCCGGCCGCUGCGGCCAAGAGGAACCUAAUUACGUCGCUGGAGUGCAACAAUCCAAGGGCCGGGUUAGGAGCAAACAUUCAAAAAAUACUAAAGUCGCCGCAGAAGAAAGUGCGGGUACUAGAAUACUCGGUGCGGCGUGGGAAGGCAUCCGGCCGGUCAAGCACCGGUCACAGGAAUCCGCAAAGAAAGCGUCCUAUCCCACAGGUCUAUGUGCAACCACCAUCCGGCGAAGAAAAUGAGAAUGAGAGCACCGACGAUGAUGGCGGGGACUUGGAGGUGUUAUAGAGUCAAUGAAAUGAGCCUCCUUUAGGAUUUUAGUUUAUUUGGAAUUCGGAAUUGGAAACUGAUCUGUGUUUUAUCUCUACCUGAAGUAUUCGGCUCCCUUACUAUAGAAACGUUAGUCGAAAAUGUUAGAAUAUGCAAUCCUUUAAGAAUUUAUACCUAUCUAAUACAUAUCAAUGGUUUAGGCUUUUUAACGAUCAAUUUAUUUGAUAUGUUCAUACAAAAGAUUCAAAAUUGUAAACCUUUUUUAAAUUGUCCUGUUUUAGUAAUGACUGCAUCUAGUUAAUUGAUCAAUAUGUCAAUGUUUAAAUUCUAGUAAAAUAAAUAUGUAUAUAUAGGUAUUUUACACUA